AUGGCACACAUAUCCUGCAGCAUUGGCAUGCAUGUUAACAUAUGGGGCAACUACUGCAUCUUCUAUGGACAGUGCAAGUCUGUCGACGACAGGGCAGAAUUUGCCGGAUCCUAUGGCGUCAACAGGGGUCACAUUUCAACAGUUCUACCCACAAGGAGCUCGAACCCAGAAGCCCACAUAACCAUGGGGCCUGAGGACUACUCUACGCAGACCGACGUGACCUCUUUUCCCUCGAGGCUGCUAGUCACUUCCAUCGCCGUCACCAUCACACAGACAUAUUUCGCAGAGGUAGACAUCACGCCGAGGAGCUAUGGCUCUAGUAUGAAGUUUUAA